ACCGGCAACAACUGCCGCAAACGCAAUUUAAAUUCGGCUUCACACUGGUUACUUACAGUGACUUUGACUUGUAGUAAAUGAAUGCACCCAAAUUAAAUGAUUAGUGAGCGCUCGAUUCUUGAGAACGAGGAGUCUUUUACCUGGUUGUCUGAUAAACUUUAGCACAUACAACACAGCCGUUGACUUAACCGCUGUCAAGCGCCAAAAAAAAUGGUUGUCCAAAUAUAAAAUGGAUGAUAGCUUUGAUUGUGACUGCGGUGAGCUUGAGCCACCUGAUCAUUAAUGGAAGUCAUCUUUUAGGGUUAGAAAGCUGCCACAAGUUCAUUUCUUGUCCAGGCUAUAGUUAAAAGGAAAGAAAAAAAGUGCUCAUCAGCACUGUAGAAUGACGCUGCUCAGGACCAGUCUUACACUGAAUGUAUCUGCACUAUGAGGAGGAUGUCAAUAGAGGUUUAUAACACAUAUAUAUGUAUUGUCACACGCCUUGUUAAAUGUUAGCCUGUUUACAGCAGUAGUUUGGAUGCAUCUGUCUGUCGAAGUUCAUUCCGUUGCAAUCAAACUUUAGUUUCAUUUUUAAUGUCUGCAGGGAUGCCCUUUUUUGAAUUAGAAGCCUAACAUUUACUGACCUAGGUCAGACGAGAAUUUCUAUUCUUCAAGUUGUUCAUUCUUGAAAGGAGGGAUUCAACUGGGAACAGAGCUGAACUUGUUCAGAUAGGGUAGAUGGCCCAUACAUUUCAAAGAGAAAAUAUCUUGAAGUUACGAAAAGGUUAAAGUUGGCUUGCUCUCUGUUGUGGAAGCUGAUUUUUCAUUAGUUUAGUUUUGACAUAGGAUUGCCCAUCUGAUAGGAGAGGAAAGCUUGAGGGUUAUCAACAUGGCAGAAAAGUUUGGAAGUUUAAUGAACAUUCAUGGUUUUGAUUUGGGUGCUCGGUAUAUGGACUUGAAGCCACUUGGGUAUGGUGGCAAUGGCCUGGUUUUCUCUGCUGUGGACAAUGACUGUGACAAGCGAGUGGCUGUCAAGAAAAUUGUCCUGAGUGACCCACAGAGUGUCAAACACGCCUUGCGGGAGAUCAAAAUCAUCCGACGACUUGACAAUGAUAACAUAGUGAAGGUGUUUGAGAUUUUGGGUCCAAGUGGGAUACCGAUCUCUGAUGAUGUGGGUGCGAUCACAGAACUGAAUGCAGUAUACAUUGUUCAAGAGUACAUGGAGACCGAUCUAGCGAAGCUGUUGGAACAGGGUCCAUUCUCAGAAGAGCAUGCUAGGCUCUUCAUGUACCAGCUGCUUCGUGGGCUAAAAUACAUCCAUUCAGCUAAUGUUCUGCACAGAGAUCUCAAACCGGCUAACCUCUUCAUUAACACUGAGGAUUUGGUGCUGAAAAUAGGGGAUUUUGGUCUGGCACGCAUCAUGGAUCCCCAUUACUCUCACAAAGGCUAUCUGUCUGAAGGACUGGUUACUAAGUGGUACAGAUCUCCACGUCUUCUCCUUUCUCCCAACAACUACACCAAAGCCAUUGACAUGUGGGCUGCUGGCUGCAUCUUUGCUGAAAUGCUGACUGGGAAAACACUUUUUGCAGGUGCUCAUGAGCUGGAGCAAAUGCAGUUGAUUCUUAAUUCCAUCCCUGUAAUCCAUGAAGAAGACCUUCAGGAGUUAUUGGGUGUGAUUCCAGUUUAUAUACAAAAUGACAUGACAGAACCCCACAAUCCGUUGCCACAGCUACUCCCUGGUGUAUGUGCUGAAGCAUUGGAUUUUUUGGAACAAAUUUUGACCUUCAAUCCAAUGGACAGACUGACAGCGGCUGAAGCGUUGGCCCAUCCGUACAUGAGUAUUUAUUCCUUCCCUUUGGAUGAACCCACAUCUACCCACCCCUUUCACAUUGAGGAUGAAGUUGAUGAGAUUUUGCUAAUGGAUGAAAGUCACAGCCAUAUUUACAACUGGGACAGAUACCAAGAAAGUGAAUUGUCAGACCAUGACUGGCCUUUGCACAGUAACUUUGAGGCAGAUGAUGUUCAACGAGAUCCACGAGCAAUGUCUGACAUGACUGAAGAAGAUGAGGUACAAGUGGACCCUCGCAAGUAUUUAGAUGGAGAACGUGAAAAGUAUUUGGAGGAUCCUGCAUUUGACUUGAACUUUUCCACUGAACAUUCUUGGCCACAUUCAGAUCACCAUGAAAACAAAUACUGUGAUCUAGAAUGUGGCCACACCUGUAAUUAUAAAGUGGGGUCACCAUCCUACUUGGAUAACUUGGUGUGGAGGGAGAGUGAAGUGAAUCAUUACUAUGAGCCCAAACUUAUUAUAGACCUAUCUAACUGGAAAGAGCAGAGCAGAGAUAAGCCAGAUAAAAAAGGCAAGUCAAAGUGUGAAAAGAAUGGACUGGUGAAAGCACAGUUAGCUUUGGUGGAGGCAACACACCAGAUUGCUGAGAAGGGCAAAGAGAAGAUUCGGGGGUUUGACUUUGAUUCUUUCAUGGCAAGCACCAUCAAGCUUAGUUUGCAGCCUGAGACUUGUGAUAUAGAUAAGCUGAAUGACUUGAACAGUUCAGUAUCCAAAUUGGACCUGAAAAGUUCAAUGUCAAAUUGCAAGUCCGUCAGUCAGGAGAAGGAGGAGAAAGGAAUGGCCAAUUUGGCUCAACUGGAAUAUCGAAGUCAGAAUCCAUGGGAUUGCCAAUUUGCAAUUGAUGGAAGCGAUGGUGAAGAGGAAGGUUUUCUAAUUCACCUAGAUGAAGAUGUUUGUUGGGACAACAGGAAGGAUGAGCAGCUAGAAAAAAGUACAUUCACUAGUUAUUUAGACAAGUUAUUCAACAAAAAAGAUGAUGUAGAAAUCGCAGAAUCUGAGCCGGCAAGUGACAGGAAACUGGGGGAAAGAAUUAGUGAUGAGUGUGCGAAAGAGGUGAGCAGGAAUGGGGAGAUCCCAUUCAGCAAGCAGUUGGAGUCCAUUGGUAUUCCCCAGUUUGACAAUCCUGUCAGUUCACCACUGAAAUCUAAAGCGAUUCAGACCACUUUAGCACCUGCCGCUGCAAAACUGUCUCCUCAGAUUCCUCAUAAGACCUAUAGUAGCAUCUUGAAACAUUUGAACUGAAUAGAACACUCAGCAGACAUUUGUUUUGUAUACUUUACUAUGUGCAUUUGUCUUGUUUUCUUAAUUCUGGAAUCUUAUUUUUGUAAGUUCAAACUGUGCUCCUUUUGGUUUGAAUGGUUUACCAUUUUUACACGUCAAAUUAUUUUGACAUUGCAUUUUAAUUUUUUGUAAACUUAUGUCAUUUGCACACGGUUUAAAAUAUGUACAUUAAGACAAAAAAGACUAAUGCAGAAAAUUGUGACUAUGAAACAGUGGUGUGAAAAUGCACUAGGCCAAGUGGACAUAUUUUAUUGGUGAAAUUAAAAAAAACCACCAAGCACCGUCUACUUGUUUUGCAAAUGGAAUUGUUUCCAUUUUGGCAAAUACAUGGUUGAAAUAUAUUUGCAUGAGAUUUUUAAAAAUUCAUUUGAAAUCAAAUUAAAAGUGUUUAAGUCCAAGCAGUAAAGUGCGUUUGUUUCUCCCCGGCAGUACAUUAGACAUUUUCUGAUAGCUUAAAUGUUUCUUAAACAUGUGAUGCCAGCAAAACCAGCAAAUGAAUGCAGAACAUGGUACGCAUGUGUUAUCUACCUCAAGGUAACGGCAAUGAGUGGCUGACCUUGAGCCACCUUCAGUGCUUCACAGCAUGGACGUGAACUUAGCCAGCAUCACUGUACUAGCAGUUGUUCCCUGUUUGAAAAGCUGUCAGUACUUGUAACUUUCUGGUAUGCAUUUUCCAUAGUAAAGUGUUCAGAUACAUUAUUUAUUUUAGCAGAUGUAAGAUUUUUUCUGUAUUUAUUUUAAUUUUAUAGUUUCAUUGUGACUUUAAAAUGAAUUUUGGGGCAUUUUGAAGCUAACUUCAUGUUUGGCACUAUAGUUAAUUGUGUACAAUGAAAAUCACCUUGUCCUAAUGCUUUUCCCAUUUUCUUGUCUUUAGAAUUGGCUUGUUUUGAAAAGAGCAUUCACUAUAUAUAGGAAUUGGUACAUUUUAGUGAUGCUUAACUUCCCAUUAAAUAAACCUUCGAACAAUUUAGAAUUCAUUUCAAAGCUGAUUUUGGAAAUGCUCCAAGAUGUCUUAAAUUCUAUGUUUAAUUUGUUUAAAAUUUAAGAUUAGAAAUCUCUGCAUGGAAAUAACUGAGUUGCAAACAUUUCUGUAAAAAUUAAAAAUAUAGACAACAGUAAGAUGAAUGUUGAAUUUUCAUCUUUAUUUUUAUUGUACAUUUUUAUUAAAUUUGUAAUUUCUCAAGCCAGCAUGAUUUCCAUAGGUUCAGAAUAUAGCAUGUAGAAUUAUUUCUGGAAAUUUAUUUGCAUUUACCAAUUUAGAUACUAAGUUUCUGUAUUAUUGGUUCUCAUCCUCUUCCCUCCCCCAAAAAAUCCAAAAAGGAACAAAUAAACAUAACCCAAACCUAAA